AUGCCAAAGUUAGUUUUAGUCAGACACGGUCAAUCCGAAUGGAACGAAUUGAACUUAUUCACCGGUUGGGUUGAUUGUCGUUUAUCUGCCACUGGUGAAAAGGAGGCCAAGAGAGCCGGUGAAUUGAUCAAGGAAGCUGGUAUCCAAGCUGAUAUCUUGUACACUUCUAAGUUAUCCCGUGCUAUCCAAACCGCCAACAUUGCUUUGGAUGCUGCUGAUCAAUUGUACAUUCCAGUCAAGAGAUCUUGGAGAUUGAACGAAAGACACUACGGUGAUUUACAAGGUAAGGACAAGGCUGAAUCCUUAAAGCAAUUCGGUAAGGAAAAGUUCCAAAUUUACAGAAGAUCUUUCGAUGUUCCACCUCCAGUUAUUUCUGAAGAUUCUAAAUGGACCCAAGUUGGUGACAUUAGAUACAGCGACAUUGACCCAGCUUGUGUCCCAAGAACCGAAUCCUUGAAGUUGGUCAUUGACAGAUUAUUACCAUACUGGCAAGAUGAAAUCGCCGGUGACUUGUUGCAAGGUAAGACUGUCCUUAUUGCUGCUCACGGUAACUCCUUGAGAGCCUUAGUCAAGCACUUGGAUGGUAUUUCUGAUGAAGAAAUUGCCGGUUUAAACAUUCCAACUGGUAUUCCAUUGGUUUACGAAUUGGAUGAAAACUUGAAGCCAACCAAGCCAGCUUACUACUUGGACCCAGAAGCUGCUGCCGCUGGUGCCGCUGCUGUUGCCGCCCAAGGUACUAAGUAA